AUCCGAAUACUCACGUUCGCUAUUUGUAAAGUUCAAAUGGGUAUUUAUGCGUUUGAUGGUGUUUAUAAGCAAUGUAAUGUAAACAAACCCCAAAUUGAUCAGCAUUAGCGCAAACUGUUUGUACGGGAACCAGCUCAAGAGAGAGUCAAGACGCUGAUAAAGGUACUGUAAGGAGUGCUCCCAGCAGUUGUGUUAAUGUGGCUGUGUGCGGGCCAGUAUGCCAGAACACUUGAUGGAGAGCAACACGAUGAGGCCGGUCCAGCUAGAGCCGUUUGACCAUCAGGUCGGCGGCCAUCACUCCAUGUUACGCUUCAAUGAGGACACGCUAUGCAAGCCCCUCAUUCCCCGGGAACAACUCUUCUAUGAAACGCUGCCCGAGGAACUGAAGGAGUUCACACCACAGUAUAGAGGUAUGAUUGAGGUGAAGCUCCACGAGGACAGUGAUGGAUACAUCAAGCUGAUUGGCUACCCACUACAGAAGAACCAAAAUCACCGCAACUCCUGUUCCCCCACGUCCAGUGAGAGUGACUCGGAGAUGUCAGGAGCCGCUGUAUCAAUACCCUUGUCAAACAGACUGGAACAAACUAAAAGCAGCAUGAAGCUGCUGCGUAGCGGGAGUAUCGAGGUCAGCACCAGGACGGACAAGACCUACUUCACACCCGACGUCGGCAGUGGCGGCAAGGCUCGCAACAACAAGGCCUCUCUGAAUCCCUGGAGCCUGAAAUGCCACAAGGAGCAGGUGGCUCGCAUGAGGCAGGACCGACAUGACCCAGAUCAGUCCAAAUUUAUCCUACUUGAGAACGUAGCAGCACAUUUCAGGUACCCAUGUAUCUUGGAUCUGAAAAUGGGGCCACGGCAGCAUGGGGACGAUGCCACUGCGGAAAAACGGGAAACUCAGGUCAAGAAGUGUGCAGCAACUACAUCUGUGUCGCUUGGACUACGAAUGUGUGGAAUGCAGGUGUACCAGCAGACAACAGGCAUCUAUGUUACCCGGGACAAGUUCUUCGGUCGGACUUUGAUGGUGGACACCUUCAAGGACACGCUAUAUCAGUUCCUACAUAAUGGACAUGCGUUGCGAACAUGUGUCAUUCAGCCCAUCGUCCAGCGUCUAGAAAAACUGUACUUGCAGCUAAUGAAACAGCAGACAUUCCGGUUCUACUCCAGCUCUCUCCUCAUCAUGUAUGGAGGAGAGGAGGAGGAGACAAUAUCCCAGGAUUCCAGCGAGGAGAACGCCAAUGGUGAUUCCCCAAGCUGGCAGGAAAACAGCCAUCCAGUCAUUGAAAUCAAAAUGAUUGAUUUUGCACAUGCUACUCGCAAAGGAUUCUGGGAUGACGAGGUGGUGCACAAAGGCCCCGACUCUGGUUACUUGUUUGGUCUGAAGAAUCUGAUUCAGUUCUUGAAAGACAUACAGGAAAAGUAUGGUAAUGAAGACUCGUCCUAGCCUUAUAACAUUAUGUUUCAUGCCAUCCCCUCAUCGACGUUCUGUCAGCGUCUGUGAUCUGUAAAAAUAAUUCCUUUUUAGGAAUAUGUACAAUCUCAAAAUCAGAUCUUAGUUCUCGCUACCGCUAAACAAAUUUCUGAGGACAUCCCAAUACAGGUAAUGUCAUAAUGACCUUACAUCCUACCGAAAAGAGCGUUGCUUUGACUGACCUAUGAAAUGACUAACAUUAGCCAAUCAGAAAGCAGCUUACUUGGGUACUUCCCACGUGCUAUGCAACAUCUCUUUCGUUCAAAUGUUUAUCCUAUUGAAGUGAAAGAUAGAUGAUUUUGACAUGAUCGGUCGUACAAGCCGUAACUGUUGUUUGAAUACCCCAUGCUAACCUUCUUGAGGUUUUAAGAUUAGAAAACACUUCCCACUGUCACUUUCGCGAUCUGGUAAGCGACGCUCUGAUUGGUCGGAUGAAAGUUCAUUCUGAUGUGACCCUUAAUGGGAUGUCCUCAGAUCUUUGUUUAGUGGAAGCAAGAACUAGGAUCUGAUUAUGAUGAGAUUGGGAAUAUGUACUUUGUGUUCAUAAUGAACAGCGUCAUAAUACUACAUCCUGUGGGAUGGAAGUGAAGUGUGUUGCCUUAUUUCAGCUGCCUAAGAGGAGAUGUGUCCCUCACCCUCCUAUGUGUCAAAGUGUCGUAGAUCAGACAGCCGUCGUGGUUGAAUCACAUUCCAUGAGUGUUGCAUGAUCGGCCAUGUUCAGACAUAUUCCAUCUAGAUACCAACUGUCGUCUGUCUUUUGUUAUUUGGUUGCAAAUUUUCAAUUGAGGCCUGAGUCAUAUACAGUUGAUUUUGGACAUCACAAAGUUUGAUAUACAUGAGGUAGCGGUUAUUGGUUUAAUAAUGAUACCAUCUGUCAUCUGUACUACUAAAAAAUGGUUAAGGACCACCUGAUGUUUUCUAGUCUGUCAUGGCACAGAAAAGAUGGGUGUGGGAUGGUCAAAUUUUACCAUUUGGCAGAGGGAGGGGGGGGGUGGGUGGUGUUGGGGAUGAACACAUGUUAAAUAAAAUGGGGGUGAGGGGCGACAAAAUAUGAUACAGUCCUAAGACCAAUCCCACAUCCCCCCCAUCAAAAAUGACCUGGCCUAAAUAUGAAAGAAUCACGUGGUCCUUUAGUUCUUUUGAGUAGUAUAUGUUGUUUUUCAGCAUUGACAUAUGAUUACAUACUUAAAUGUUUAGUGUCCAUGUUUUAAGUUGGAGAUUUAGUCAUAUACAAUGUAUACAGUCAAUUUUUGACAAGACAGUAAUAUAUAGCGGAUAUUGGUAUAUUCAUAGUACCAUCUCGUAUCUGUCUUUUUGUUGAUCAGCAUAGGAAUAUGGUUACAUACUUUGAUGUUUCGUGUCCGAAUUUUAAGUUGUUAAUUAUAUAACAUAUUAUACAGUCAGUUUGGGACAUCGCAAAGAUGAAAUGAAUAUUGGUUUAUGAAGCUAAUUCUAAUCACCAGCAUUUGUGAUUUAUUUUUUUGUUUAUGUCAAUAAGGAACUUUGACGUAUCAGAUUUCAAGGGUCACUUGAGGUUGCAUCCAUUGUUGACUUUUACUUAAUGAAAUUGAUAAUUGAAAUAUUUCUUACUGCAGACUUCAUGUCGUGAAAAGAAGUGUUUGUACCUUGUUACAUAACACAGUCUGUGACACUGUUGCAACGUUUUUGACACGUGUGUCACACAUUUCUGUCCUCUGAAACGCCAUUUUAGUAUUUUCCUGAUAAGUUGUUGACUGUAAGUACAGUUUUAUGUACAAUGUUGUGACGAAUGAUUGCCCUGUUGUGUCGUGGUUGAGGCAGGAAAUGUGUCACGGAAUGAGUCACGGAUCGUGUUACAGGUCACAGAAUGUGUCGCGGAAUGAGUCGUGAAAUGUGUCGCGGAAUGAGUCACGGAUUGUGUUACUAUGUCACAGAAUGUGUCGUGGAAUGUGUCGCGGAAUGAGUAACGAAAUAUGUCACGGAAUGAGUCACAGAUCGUGUUACUAUGUCACAGAAUGUGUCGCAGAAUGAGUCACAGAUUGUGUUACUAUGUCACAGAAUGUAUUGUGGAAUGUGUUGCGGAAUGAAUCACGGAUUGUGUUACUAUGUCACAGAAUGUGUUGGGAAUGUGUCACAGAAUAUGUCACACUUGACCCAGGGUAUUUCUUGAUGUCCAUACACAGUUGAGGCUGUCUGACCAUGAAGCUUUAAUGGUUGAGCGACUCCAUCAAGUGUGAUUCACAUGCUACAAAUAUGGUCAUGUCAUAAUUGGCUGUACUACUGGAACACACUCAGCAGUCCAGUUAGUGAUGUGGUUUAGACACAUGUAUGUAUAUGUACAGUCUAACAUGUUAUAAUGCCAUGCUUUGCCUCAUCAUGUAUUGCCAGAACAAUUUCAGGGAUAGCUUUUCCUCUACCAUGCACCUUGACCAUGUUUGCAACCCCCAUUGUUACAAUAAACCCAUUAUGAGCCAUCCUCCUCCUGUCAUGCCCGUUAUAAUGCCAUGGUCAUUGUCAUGUUGUCAUAUGCAUCCUAAUCUCAUACUCAAUAUUAUGCCAUGACAUGGUCCUCAGCUACUAGACAAAUAGUGAAAUUAGAGAAAGAUUUGACCUAGUAAGGUUGUGUUGUUGAAUAUGCUAGAUUGUGCCUAUUUUGAUAUUCAAGACACUUUAAAACAGAAUAGUAGCAUGAUAUAUCUAUGUGAGGGCCGAGAAAGAUUUUAAGGUCGGGCAUUUCAAGAGUUCCAGAUAAUAGUAAUGGAACACAUAUCCAAGAACAGUUCUCUUUUGUUAUGUACUUAUUUAUCUCCCUUAUCAAUAUCUAGAAUUGUCUUCCUUGUUGUUAACCUUGAAUUAUCUCGGGGGCGGUCAGGUAGCCUAGUGGUUAAAGCGUUCGCUCGUCACGCCGAUUCCCCGACAUGGGUACAAUGUGUGAAGCCCAUUUCUGGUGUCCCCUGCCGUAAUAUUGCUGGAAUAUUGCUAAAAGCGGCUUAAAACCAUACUCAUUUGAAUUAUCUCCCUUAAUCAUGUCCUGAAUUACUUCCCUUUUUGAUAUCCAGAGUUAUCUUCUUGAAAUCAUGAGUUAUCUCCUUUAUUGAUUUCCUGAAUUAUUUCCAUUUAUGCUAACCUGAGUGAUCUCCCUUUCUGAUGUCCUAAAUUGACUAGUGCAUAUUUAAAUGUACAGUCAAGUCUUGUUAAUCCGACAAUCAGGUUUAUCUGACACUAAUGAUGGGAACAGAUUCAAUCAAUGCUAUUUAGACUCAUUAAUCCGACACAGUGAUCAGCAUACUCUGUGGUUAUCUGCCCGUGAGUAUUCAGUCAGUGGUUUGAUGCGAGACGAGUCAGCUGGUAGCUGCAUAUUACAAAGCUGCAGAGAUAGACUUUCCUUAACAAUAAUUAAUUGAUGCUUUAAAUAAGGAAAACAGUAUUAAUCACAUGCUUAGAUUCAAUCUCAUUAAAAUCAGAUACAAGUAUUCUCGCUAUCGCCGGGGACAUCCCAUUACAGGUCACGUCAGAAGAACCUUUCGUGAACUAUGACCGACGAACGUUGGUACUACUUAAUUUCAUUUAUCCGGCAUAAUCCUAUGCAACCAGCCAUGUCGGAUCAACGGGACUUGACUGUAUGUACACCUGCUUGUUGUACCAGUUCUAUCUGCACGCCUUUGUUCGUAAGGACUUCCAUCAUCUUGAUACUAUUGACCUGAUUAAAAAGUUCCUGAUUCUUUCAGAGGUUACAGUGGGUUACAGAUACACUGGAAACUGCCAUUAGGUAGGAGAUUGGAAAUGAUGAGACAUACACCAUACAAUAGUAUCAUUUGGAAAAUGUGGGUGACAAAGGGUUCUUGGGCUUGUUUUCAUCAUGAAAUUUUGAUUGUUUGUUGUUGUAAACAAAUACGUGUUGUUGUAUCAUGUACAUUGACCUUGAUGUGGUGUGGGAGAUAGGUCAAACUAUUUGUCAGUCACACAUAGCAAUAAUAGGGCAAGGGAACCAGUUUAUCAUGAAUUAUACAUUGCAGGUUUGGGACUGACCUUUCCAUAAUCUGAAAGCGUCCUGGAUUUUUGUAAGGAAACAAGAGUACCUCUUAGGGUCAUACAUUUUGUUUCUUAAAGGAAAGAAACAAUUUUUAUUUUUUCCACAGCACAGACUCUCAGGACACAUGGCAUGUCCAGCUAACAAUUUCUGUAAAACCUGAGGCAUUAUUUUCGGGAACCAAUUAUUUUUUUUCAAAAAAUUGCAGAAUGUCAAAUGAUUGGACUCUUAUCCUGCUUAUGGUAUUGCAUUAGUAGAUCAUUAACAUUGUACAUGGUGAUCAGGUAUAUCAGUGUGAAGGUACUAUGUAGGAUUGGAAAACUGAAACUGGAAUAUGACCUCCAGCACUGUGCUUGACUGUCCAGUCAGUUAUAUCUUAAUUACAUUAUGAUGAACUCCCAGGCCCAUUCGGUGCCAGAGCUUGGUUUGGAGUCCAGUUCAAUUAACAUACCUGUCGAGUCAGAUUAGACUGGUCUGAAACAAAUGAUAUCACAGUAACUUGUCUCACUUUGUCGUUCCGUCUCCAAUACAACUGGGUACCCCUGGCAACACCUGGUAGCAGAAGGACUUUUUUCUGAUCUGAUCUUGUAGCUCACAAAAAUGUUUGAUGAAUUGCUCUGUUUUCAAAGCCAUCAAGAUGUAGAUGGAGACAAAGCAGCUGUAUCUUUAGUGCACACGGACUAAGUCAACAUAAUGGGUUACAGAAGAUCUUUGAAAUGUUAUAAAGGAAAAUAUUCUCCCCAUCCAUCAAGGGGCUCUUGUUGUAAUACUUAAAACAUAUUCAUUGGAUUGCCAGAUACAGAUACUUUAGCUCACGCCUCAGACAUGUUAGAGCAUCCUAUUGAUGUAGACCCCUGUAUGUAUACUUAUACUUAUCUCUCUUACCCAUUCUACACAAUAGUUGAUGUAGCACUUCUAUUCAGGUCUGGGAUAUUCACAUGACUUAAUCUGCACAAAAUGUCUCAUUUCUCAAUCUUGAAGGUUUUGUAGGUUAUAUUAAACUGUUACUGGAAAUGUUCUUCCUGAAAACUUGUGAAGUGUGACAUUAUCUGAAUGCAUAUAAAGUGCUCUGUCAUUGUGUGUGUGCAUUGUGAGAUGUGAUGUUUGGCUCUUGCGAGUGUAUCAUAUGAUGGUGUGUGUUUGAAUAGGAUGCAUGUUCUGUGUGUGUGUGUGUGUGAGUGAGAGAGAGAUAGUGUGUGUGUGUGUGAGAGAGAGUGAUAAUGUGUGUUUGAGAGAGAGUGAUUGUGUGUGUGUGUGUGUGUGUGUGUGUGUGUGUGUGUGUGUGUGUGUGUGUGUGUGUGUGUGUGUGUGUGUGUGUGCGUUUGAGAAAAAUGUGUGUUACUCUCUGUGUGAUAGUGUGUGUUUUGGGAUAUGUGUGAUAGCGUGUGUUUGAGAAGGAUGUGUGUUACUCUCAGUGUGUGAUAGUGUGUGUUUAAGGAUAUGUGUGAUAGUGUGUUUUUGAGAAGGAUGUGUGUUACUCUCAGUGUGUGAUAGUGUGUGUUUAAGGAUAUGUGUGAUAGUGUGUUUUUGAGAAGGAUGUGUGUUACUCUCAGUGUGUGAUAGUGUGUGUUUAAGGAUAUGUGUGAUAGUGUGUUUUUGAGAAGGAUGUUUGUUACUCUCAGUGUGUGAUAGUGUGUUUUUGAGAAGGAAAUGUGUUGCUCUGGAAAGGUGCGUGCGUGUGUGCGUGCGUGAUGUGACAACAUGUCUGUGAGAGGAAGUGAUGCUGUCAGUGUAUGGGUCUGUAUUGUGUGGUGAUGUGUGUAUGUUGCUAUGAGAUUGUUGGUGUGUUCGCAAGGAUCUAUGUGUGCACGGGUAGGUAAAAAUGUGUGGUAUCAUCUUGACUGUAUAUAACGAGCAACUCACUCUGUAGGUACGUGCAAUAUGCAGCGGAAUAUAGAGCUGCCAACAUACAGUUUACACAGGGUCAGCAUGACACGCUAAAUGAGAAAACUGACCCGCCCUCACCCCAGGCUGACAAUAGUCGGACAUCUGGCACUCUGACAGACCUGGAGUCCUAUACAACUGUUCAUUUCUGACAUGUAAUUAUUACGGAGACCUCAAUGUGUGGUUGCUAUGGUGAUGUAUCGUUAGUCUUCUUGUAGUGUUGCCCAGAAAUGGUAUUACAUGGCAAUAACUUCCUUAUGUUGUCCAUGUGGUCACAGAUGUUGGUGAAAUUAUUUUCUGUAGUCCUCAAUGAGAAUUGUGACAAUUGUUCCAUUGUUUACAUUGUUUCUGAAGAGCCCCAUAGCAACAUGAUGUCAUCCAUAUUUCAUGUUGUCAUGACAGUUAUAUUUGAUGUUGUUCCAACAGUAGAGUAACCAUGGUGACAGAGCUGAUAUCUCCAUCUGACAUCAGGAAACAUACAUUUUUAUACAUUUUCUCAGAAAAGGACCAUUGGUUAUAUAAAAAUAACCUUUUCACCACUAAUUAUUUUCCUUGUGAAUUAAGUUCAAAAUUUCUUCACUUGCGACAGAUAAUCUGUAAUUCUAAUAGCUCAAUGCCGAGAAGGCAAGACAUGUUCAAGUGUGGACACCAUUGCAGUUAGCCUUGGUAGUCCUGGGCCCUGUUUCAUUAAACUCGUGUAACAUUUGUAGCCCCUUAAUAUUGACAAGGUUUUUCGACUAAGGUCUAUGAUCAUUAUCAUAGCUAGGGGGAACUUUCCGGCCAUGGAAAGGCAUGCUGUAUGUCAUGUUAUAAAACAGGAAAGCCAGCGAUCUAAUGAUUUACAACUGUUUGGGAGGUAAAUGCUACAUGUUUUUGUCGUAACUUAAUGCUUUUGGUUUAUAUUGUUAAAAGUCUCAUGGAAUGGAGAGUAAGCCUUACAAGAAUGUUACAGUGAAAGUUAAGAGACGUCAGGCUUACGAGACAUUCAUGAGUUUAGGCCUGAUGCUAGUGAUAUCAUGCUUCAUUUCGGAUUUAUUGUUAGGCAUUGCCAAGAAAAGAUUCCUAAAUUGACAAUCAGAUGGAGGUCAAGGCCAUCUAUGAGACAUGUGCUAAACCCAACUCACUCACUCACUCACUCACCCACUCCGUGCUAUGGCCUGUAUUCAUUGAGUGAAGGUGUGCAAUCAAAUCCGAUGUUGAUCUUGCAAAGGGAAGUGGCUGACAUAUAUUUUAAUCAAGAAGAAUGCUGUCAUCUCUUUUUCACAUGGAAGGUGGUCAGUCCCACCCCUAGUUGGCCAUCCCCAUCCCCAGUUCCCUGCUGGCUGUGGGGAGUGUAAACAUAUUGUUACAGGAGAUUUAAAAUAUAAUCAUGUCAUUUUACUGUUAAAAUAUUGAAUAUGGGUUUGUAUCAUUAAAGAAGAGUACCCACAACGUCAAUCGUGAUUAUCAUGAAACAUUGACAUGCAUUAUGGAGACUCCCACCAGUCUAUGAUAUGUUCAUAACCCUCUUGCAGAAAGUCUGCAUAGUGCAAAGACUAUUGGUUCUGGACCAAGGGCUGUUGAAAGUCGUGUUAAGUAAUGGUGUCAGCAAUUUUUGUUUGUGAAACAGGGCUUAGGCCAUUCAUUGUUGUUGAGGUUUAAACUAGUUUUGUGUCGAAUUGAGAUGCUUGUGUCUAUGUACAUGACCUCAUUUGGGUAAUUAUUUUUUUUCAAGAUCAUAACUCUUGACUUAGGACAUUGAAGAACAUGAUCCAAACUUAGCUAUUACCUCUUUAAGGCUACAGGUGGGGAAGGCCUUUGCUUGAAGGUACCAUGGGAUAUGUUGGCUGAAUCCAUUGCUGGGGAAGGCCUUUGCUUGAAGGUACCAUGGGAUAUGCUGGCUGGAUCCAUUGCUGGGGAAGGCCUUUGCUUGAAGGUACCAUGGGAUAUGUUGGCUGGAUCCAUUGCUGGGGAAGGCCUUUGCUUGAAGGUACCAUGGGAUAUGUUGGCUGGAUCCAUUGCUGGGGAAGGCCUUUGCUUGAAGGUACCAUGGGAUAUUUUGUCACCUUGUUGAGAUAGCGCCAUUGUCCUUGUCAUAACUGAAUGCAAAAUUAAUGAAGAAUUGUAAAUGUGUAAAGUUUUGAUACGAUUGUAUAGUGACACUCCUAGUGUGUAUAACUGCUAGUAUUUUGUGUAUGUAUAUAUCCAUUGUCUGGAAAACUAGUUAUUAUCUGUGACAUUAUGUCCAGGAUAUAUACAAUGUCUGUGACCUUAAUUAUUGACUCGAGCUGAACCACUAUCUGUGAGAUUCCAGUGGAAUAGAGUAUUAUAAGCUGAAGUCAGUACUCUAAAUUUGAAACAAUGGUUUAAGGUUUUGAUUGCACAUUUUAUUUCAGCUAUGGUCACAUAAUCUCCGUGAAGUAAUAAGGUGUAUAAUUUUUAACUUUUGAUAGAGAAGUUUGUUUAACGUUUUCGUGCAUUCUCAAUUGAGGAUGGAGAUGAAGGGGAUGUGCACUGGGAUGACUGCAUCAUUGGUUAGUGUUGACCUGAUUACAGUUCACAAUCUUUUGAAGGUAUUCCAAGUACUGUAAAUCCUCAAACAGCUCGCAGGACCUAGCCAUACUUUACAAACCUUUACUCUUGACCUCUUGGGGGCAGUCGGUUAGCCUAGUGGUUAAAGUGUUAGCUCAACACACCAAAGACCCGGGGUUCGAAUCCUGACAUGGAUACAAUGUGUGGAGCCCAUUUCUGGUGUUCCCCGCCGUGAUAUUGCUGGAAUGUUGCUAAAAGUGGCGUACUCACACACUCUUGACUUGUUACCAAAGUUUCACCAGAGUGGUAAAUGUCUAGGACCUCUUCGCCUUGUGAUUUAACUGAAGUUCUUUUCAAAAUUACAUUAAACCAAAUUUGCACACACUUUACUUGUUACCUUAAUGAGAAAGUUCCAGACCGUUGCCAUUUUAAGCAUUAAGCUGACACUACGUGAUAUCUCUGUAAUCCUAAAAGUGGCGUUAAACCCAAGUCACUUACUCACUCAGUAUAACUGCAGUUUAAGAUCAGGGGGCGGUCGGGUAGCCUAGUGAUUAAAGUGUUCGCUCGUCACGCCGAAGACCUUGUUCGAUUCCCUUCAUGGGUACAAUGUGGGAAGCCAAUUUCUGGUGUCCCCCGCCAUGAUAUUGCUGGAAUAUUGCUAAAAGCGGCGUAAAACCAUACUCACUCACUCACUCACUCACUAUGGCUUCUCUGAUCAUUAAUCACAGGUUUAUGGUAUGUAGGAUACAGUUAGUAUUGGUAUUCACAAAAUGGUUAGUAGACCUACUACCUAUCCACACAAUGGGACAAAUUAAUGUCCCAUUAUGAUUUGUGCUGGAACAUAUUUGCAUGUAUUAUUGAUUAUUCAUUUAAGACGGAUGUUUGUCCGUGUUUGUUAAUGUGAUUUUCAUAUGCCAUAUGUAGAUGAUCUCUAUGUCAUAUUGGACUCGCAUUAUAACAUUAUCUAGGUUCUUUUCAUGAAUUAUUCAUGAUUAUAUGAUUGAAACAGCAUCACUGUUAAUAUUGGUGAGCCCUUGAACAAAUGUAUGUUCCAAAUGUUUGUGUGAUUUAUUGCUGGUCGGAAGUCUGUAUCAUAUUUUGCUACGGGUUGCGUCCUCUGCGUGUGAAGGCCGUCUCUCAGUGAUCAUAUUCACAAUUGCUGUCAGAUAUUAUUUUUGUCUUGUCAACUCAUCACCUUCAUCUAUCUGAGGAUGUGACUAUGAUGAUAAAUGUUUUGAGAAGGAACAUGUCAAUAUUGAAUAUAGUGUAUAUUUUUAAAUGCACAUUUUUUAUUUUUAAAUUUUUAAUGUAUUAGAUGUAUUAGAAAUAAAUAUCUUGUACAACUGUUCUAUAAUGCUGGGUGUUACAUGAGCAUUAAUUAGGACACCAUCCCUUAAAACGUUUUUUUGUUUCUCGUUAUUUAAAAUGAGAAAAAUUAGUGCAAUGACUAUUUUUCCUUUUGUGUUGUUAGAAUGCAAAUUUAUGUUCACUUGUUAUAGAUAUAUGUGUAGACCUGCCAGUGUAAGUGUACAGAGUUAACUGCACUUGUGUACAAAAAUAAUUUUAAUAAGGAAAAAUAGCCAGACCAGAAAUGAGAAAUUUUUGUGGGCCCAAGCACCAUUAUGACCUUUGCUUGUAAUUGUGUCGGUGCGUGAAGGACUGCGAUCUUCAUAGUGAGUCGUAUAGGUAACGUAGUUGAUGCUAGCUGCCAUUGUCCCUAGAGGCCUUCUGAUGGGCUCGCAGGACCGAGGCAAGUGUUCUUGUUUACAAUUAUUUUAUGAGACAUGAUCAGUGUAUGAGUGAGGAUAUCUGUUCUCUUUGCAUAAAUUAAAAUUACUCUGAUAUGA